AUGUCCACCAUGACUUCUUUGGAGAGGAGUCUCUCUUGUACCUCCAGCGCUUCUCUCUCCAUGUCAAGCCCUCGGCUCUCCGUUCGACGCGAGACCACACCGCCCGGCUCUGAACUUUCUCUCACCCAGCUCCAUGACCGCAUGAACCAACUGGACUCCCGCGAUGGCUAUGUCGACCGCCGGAACCGUGAGGAUGAUCACAUCCGCCGCGAAUUCGCCAACCACAGCGCCAUCUCUCAUCGGAUUGAUCUGAACGUGGUGGCCCUUCGGACUGAUGUGGACCAGAUCCGGAGUAGUAUCUUCCAGUUGAAGUCGAGUAUCGGCCAGUCCGGUACGGAGACUGUGUUUUUACGUGGAGAUGUGGAUCGGAUGCAGAAGACAUUGGACCAGCUCUACACCGAUACAGCCCAGAUGAAGUCUGAUAUUUGUGCAUCUCGUAUUGAUAUCAGCAAGCUUCAGACUGCCACCAACCAACUCCGUACCGAUCUUAUCACUCUUGAACACAAACUAUCCCAUCAACUGAAUUCCAUGGAAAGCCGGGUUAACUCGCGUAUCGAUUCUCUCCAGUCCCACAUGAGACAGUCGGAUCGUGUUCGCUUCAACUCUCUCGCCCAAACUGUCCACGCUCCCAUCACACCUGUCCCUGUCAUCUUGGAUGACGGCUCUCUCGAAUAUCCUACCUACUUCCCUCGGACUGUCUGGCGAUUCUGGUGUCUCAAGAAACGAAGUCGAGUCCACCGCUUAGUUGAACUCGCCGAGUUCUACCAACUUGAAGGUUACCAAAGCUGGUCUCGAAUGCAACCUACAGACAUCUUCUGUGAUGAUAGUGAUUCAAGUGAUGCCAGUGAUAGUGCCUUUAACAUGACCCGAUCUGAGGCUGUUGUCCAGUAUCCCGAUGCAGCCCAUCAAGCCCUGGCUGCUACGCUCGGUCUGGUAUAUUACAAGAUUCGGAACGAAGUGGGGGAGGGGCCCAAUGCCCACAUGAUGUCUCGUCCUCCCAAACGUCAGCAAGAUGACGUUGCUUCCAACAGCACCAGCAACAAAUCGAAGCCGGUCAAAAUGCCGCGCCGGCCCAGCGUUUCUGACAGUUUCUUACAACGCCUGAUCACCGGUCCAUCAAUUGAAUCAAAGUCCUCAACUUCUGCCGAGGAGUACGACAAGCUGGGGUGGAACCCAUUUGCUGAUGUUUCAGAGGAUGCCAUGCUCAAGCUACGCUCCAUUGACCCAGAUGACAUCGGCACUGUCUUGCGUGCUCUCGAGCAAGGACGACUCAAGCUCAAGCCUAGUAGAUCGGAGAAGCUCAAUAUGUCACCAACCGACUCCAAGGCCAGCAAGUCUUUUGAGAAAGCUGCUGACCCUGUGUCGGAAGUUGCAACUGUGCCUAACACCGUUCCUACCCAGCCGGUUACUUCCGCGGGCAAUAAUUUUAGCAAGAGUCACACAAGCUCUCUUCAAGGUGUUCCCCCCACUGCUUCGGAUUCCGACAGUUCGACCUCUUGA